CUCCGCACAUCAUCAGAGUGGGGCAUGACAGUAACACCACUAAGCAGAUAGAGAUUCGUCUGAAAUUGAGAUGGCUAAGCGGAGACCCUCCUCUCACCUGAAGAUCACAACGGUUGUCCCCAUCUACUUCACCAUGAUCGGUUUGGUUUUGGUCCUGUCUCUCGUGACUCAACAUGACACAACCCCGGUGCCCAACGUCUACCCGUACUCCGUCCCCCUGGACCCCGAAGGCUUCCUCCAGCUCUUCUGGAAUGUUAGUUAUGCCGAAAAAGUGGUGAAUUUCAAGAUCCUCAUCAAAAAGCUAAAAUUCGGGAUGAUUUUUGGCAUGUCGGACCGGGGGGAGUUCGAAGGUGCAGAUUUGGCAGUCCUGUGGAGUGAUGGACUGAGCUCUUAUUUCGGGGAUGCCUGGAGUGAUGAAAAUGGACAUCUACAUAUUGAUUCCCACCAAGAUUACCAGCUGCUGUCAGCACAACAGACACCUGAGGGCCUCUAUCUUGUCUUCCGAAGGCCGUUCACUACCUGUGAUCCCAAUGACUACCUCAUAGAGGAUGGGACCGUACACUUAAUCUAUGCCUUGCUGGAGAAGCCAUUCCAGUCCCUGUCUGCUAUCAACAUCUCCUCACUCCACCGAGGACUCCAACGGGUGCAACUUUUAAAACCAGACAUCCCGACGGCUCACCUCCCGAAGGACAUGAUCACAAUGGACGUCUUGUCCCCAGAUGUAAUCAUUCCUGACAAAGAGACGACCUACUGGUGUUAUAUCACUGAGCUGCCUGAGGACUUCCCCAAAAACCACAUAGUCAUGUAUGAACCGGUCAUCACGGAGGGACACGAGGCUAUCGUUCAUCACAUGGAAGUCUUCCAGUGCUCAGAGGAAUAUGAUACGUUCCCUCACUACAGCGGACCUUGUGACUCCAAGAUGAAACCGCAUAGACUUGACUACUGUAGGCACGUCCUGGCCGCCUGGGCGAUGGGAGCACAGGCAUUCUACUAUCCGGAUGAUGUUGGUUUGGCCUUCGGAGGUCCCAGGUCUUCUCGGUUCCUUCGACUAGAAGUUCAUUACCACAAUCCACUGGAACUGAAAGGUCUACGUGACUCGUCCGGCAUCCGCCUCCAUUACACCCCAUCACUGAGGAAAUAUGAUGCGGGGAUCAUGGAGCUCGGCCUGGUGUACACCCCGCUGAUGGCCAUCCCCCCCUUCCAGAGGGAGUUCCCCCUCACCGGCUACUGUACAGAGAGGUGCACUGAUGAGGCUCUUCCUUCAGGCGGGAUCCACAUAUUCGCCUCUCAGCUCCACACACAUUUGACCGGACGAACAGUGACCACCACGAUGGUGCGGGACGGGAAGGAAAUCGCCAUUGUGAACCAAGAUAAACAUUUCAGCCCACACUUUCAGGAGAUCAGGAUGCUCAAGAAGUCCGUCCGAGUUUUACCGGGGGACUUGCUGGUAACGAGAUGCACUUACAACACAGAAGACAGGAGCAAAGUCACAGUGGGUGGGUUCAGCAUUACGGAUGAGAUGUGUGUGAACUAUAUACAUUAUUACCCCCGCACUGAACUGGAAAUAUGCAAGAGCCACGUGGAUCCCGAAUAUCUGAAGAAGUACUUCAGCCUUGUGAACAACUUCAGCGGUCAGGAGGUCUGCACCUGUCCACAGUCAUCUGUCACUGAACAGUUUAACAAGGUCCCGUGGAAUUCCUUCACCAGCAAAGUCCUGGACUCCUUGUAUAAUUAUUCUCCCAUCUCCAUGCAUUGCAACAAAUCCUCCGCUGUGAGGUUCCCGGGUGAUUGGGAGAAGCAGCCAUUACCGGAGGUUACACAAGUCUUGGCACCAACACCCGCAAUGUGCCAAUGCCAAGAGGACUCCAUCUCUGCAGGACCAGCUUUUGUGAAUAUAAAGAAUUUGGGACAUUAUUGAGGACAUUGAAGGCUGCAAAAUUCUGUCAAAAAUUAUAAUUAUAAAGCUUUUGCGGCUAACAGUCCAGGACAACACAUCGCCACCUACGGGUGACGCCGAGCGUCAAGACACCGCUCAUACCUGCUUAUAAGAUGCCAACAUAAAGUAUUUUCAUGAGAAAGCAAAAUAUAUUUUUGGACAGAGGGGUAGAAAACUUUUGAAUGUAUAUCCGAAUUUGAGCUGCAGCUAUAUAGCGAUAACAUAAUAGAAUGUGACUAAGUAGGGAUUUUUGCCAUUUAAAGGAGACGUACCUACAAGCUUUUAACAUAGGCCAAGUUGUAGGCAUUUUUCAGGUGCAUCUAAGAAUAUUGUGGCCAUUGCAGUGCGUUCCUUCAUUCCUAAUAUAUCAUAUCUUAAAUAUUAGUAUUUUGAGAUGGCUAGCCUUUAGAUUAAAUUAGAGGUGGGGGCGCUGUUGCAUUGAUAUCAAUGGACAGUGCUUGCUACCAGAAGUGGUGUACAGUGGUACUGCAAGUGAUGUAUUUGUGAACUACAAAAAAUAAAUAAACCAAGGUUU